UGGCACGACCCCUUCGCUUCUGAGAAACUUCAUCAUCCUCAGCGCUGCGGAGAAAAGAUGUGAACAAGUUCCAUGGAGCUCAAGUGCCUUUUGAUGUGGCUCGUGUUUGGAUCCGUCAGGGUGAACGGAACAGAAAAAUGCCCACCUCUUCAGAGAAUUGAAUUUGCUGAUGUUGUUGCUGAAACGUAUCCGUUGGGGAGCAAGCUCUAUUACAAAUGCGACGAUGGCUAUGAGAGAAGAAGUGGGCAGUACUUGGGAAUUCACUGUGAGAAUACAGAGAAGUUUGCUGAUUGGCGCUACGGGGAAUUUGAAUGCAUUGACAAGAACAUUUUGUUGUCAAUGGCUUCCACCAAGGAGUUAGAAUUCAGGCAGAAGCCAGAAAACAAAACACAGAGCCAUGCACCCGAGAAACGAGAAAACGUUCCAGAGUUUGACCGGACAGCUUAUUGUGGUACGCCCAAGAGUGUUCCACAUGCCUCUUUAAGACUGAAGAAAACGUAUAGCGUGGGACAAGUACUACAUUUCAAGUGUCAGAAGGGUUAUGACAAGCAACCUCCUACCUCAGGCACCUGCACGUGCAAGAAGGUAAACGGCAAAAUCAUCUGGACCCCCCUUGACAUGCAGUGUACCAACGACAGCAGCCAUAAGGAGGGGUGGUCAUCACCGAUUAUUGAGUCAGAUCCAUCUGUUUCUCUGUGGUUUCCGGUUCAGAGUGUUUCAGGUACAAUUCAUCCAUCCUUUUCCUCAUCUAUGAUACUACCCGUGACAGCUAUCUUUUCUGUUCUGCUUAUCAUUCCUGCCAUCUUUGUGUGACUCACCAAACAGAGAAUACGUAAAGACCUUUCAGUGAAUUUCUGCGUUGAGAUCUAAGCUUGUGAAAUCAAUGCCUUGCCACAGGUAAGGCGGGGAUCACCAGUGAAUCAAGUAUCAAGAGAAACCAGAUUGAACCAGCAGCUCCAAGACCAGCAGCAGCAAACAAGGAGGAAGCCCAGAGGCUCAAAUCGAUUAUGUGAAGGAGGCAGAAAAUAUUC